GUGCUGCAUACUAUGGACUAGACUUUAGAUAUACUUUUUUAUUAUUUUCACUCUCAGUACAGUAAGUCUGAUAAUACACAAUGGAAAAAGAUUAGUUAAUUUUAUUUUUUCGAGGCUUGAAACUAUAGCAGAUAAAACAUUUGGUGUUUCUCAAGAUACCUGAAUUUAAUUUGUCGUCAAUUUUCAAUAAGUUCUCAUUUUACUGUCGUGUAAAAAGGAUUCUCAACAUAAUUAUAAAUUAGAAAAAAUUUUAGUGCCUGAAAAAUGCAGCGAUGGUGGUAUACAGAAGAUAAAUCGAACGUGAAAGACAAGGUUCAUAGAGAAAAGCGAAUUAAUGGCCGAAAAGAAGAUUCAGGCUUUAAAGAGUGGACAUUUAAGGUGUUCCUCAAUUCGGAAUUAAAUUUGCAUGAAAAAGUUGCUGUAACUGGAAAUUGCGACGAAUUGGGCAAUUGGGAUCCAGAUAAUUGCGUCCUAUUGAGCCAUGAUGGAAGUAACAUAUGGACCUUGAAACUGAAUGUUCCUAGCAAAAUUGACAUUAAUUAUCGAUACUUCAUCGCUUCCAUUGACCCCUCUAAUAAUUCUGACGUGCACGUGAGGAAAUGGGAGACUCAUUUAAAACCGAGAUGCAUUCCAGCUGACGAAAUGAUGACAUCAGACAAUAAUCUUGAAACCUUUGGAGUAGUCGAAGGUGUUGAGAAAGUCGAUAAAGGAUGGUUGACUAAUGAAACAAUUCUGCAAUUCAAGUUCUACAAUAAUCCAUUCAUGCUUAAAGAUCGAAUCAAAAAUCGCAUAUUGUAUGUGAAAAUGACUCCAAUGAAUUUGCGCAUUAAUGCCGAAUCAUCUAAUUUACAUGCAAUUAUGGACGAAUCACUAUCCAAUGAUACGCGCGAAAACAAUACUGAUACGCCGGCUUAUGCAUUUACUGAAGUUUCUACAGGAAAUGGCGAAGAGUAUUUGUAUACUAAACAAGAGCAGUUUGGCCGUGCAUAUAAUAAUGAUGACGUACUAACUUUUCACGUUACUGUAACUGAGCCUGAAAAUAUUGCAUAUUUAAUUGACUUAUACACUUAUAGCAGAAAAUCCAUUAUGGAUCAUGAUCCACCGUAUCAUUUGGGUUAUCAUUAUUUAUUACCAAACAUGUUGAGAAAAUCUGAAGGAUGUUUGGAACUACCAAUUACUUGUUCAUCAAAGCAUCGUCCACUGGGUAUGAUGAAAGUGGGAUAUGUCAAAAUUACACCAAUUAAUGAUCCCAAAUUCGAUUUAUCGAUUACUUAUGAACGGCACUGGAAUGAAAAGCAUAAGGGAUUAGAUGUAGGACAUCGUGGUGCAGGAACAUCAUUCAAAGCUUCAAGUGGAAAUACAAUUCGUGAAAAUACAAUAGCAUCAUUGAAGAAAGCAGCAUCUUCUGGUGCAAAGUUUGUUGAAUUUGAUGUCCAGCUAUCUAAGGAUUUAACUCCUGUAAUUUAUCACGAUUUCCAUGUUUAUGUUUCUUUGAAGAAGAAGGGAACAUUUGAUGCAAGUGACAUGCUUGAAUUGCCAAUGAAAGAAUUGACUCUUGAACAAUUAAAGAAUUUAAAAGUUUAUCAUACAGUUGAAGCCAGAAGUAAAGAACCAAAGUUUUUCGACGAGGAAUUAGCUGAACAUCAACCUUUUCCAGAGCUUUCAGAGGCUUUUGAUAUGAUUGAUGAGGAUGUUGGAUUUAACAUUGAGAUUAAAUCUGCACAAGAGCUUGAGGAUGGAACCUCAGAGUCUACUUCAUCUUCAAUUGAUAAGAAUUUAUACGUCGAUUGCAUUUUGGAAGUUGUGCUUGCAAAAGCCAAAAAUAGACGAAUUGUUUUUUCAAGUUUUGAUCCUGACAUUUGUAUUAUGCUCAGAAAUAAGCAAAACGUUUUUCCCACAAUGUUCCUUACUCUUGGAAAGACAACACGCUAUAAGCAAUAUCGUUAUCCAUUGUGUAAUACAAUUCAAAAUGCCGUUAAAUUUUCUGUCGCUAAUGAGUUGCUAGGCAUUGUUGCUCACAGUGAAGAUCUUCUCAGGGAUAUUAGUCAAGUGAACUUAGUGAAGGAUCAUGGUCUUGCCAUAUUUUGUUGGGGAGAUGACAAUAAUUGCAAGGAUAACAUUAAAUUUUUAAAAGACAAAGGCUUACAUGCUAUUAUCUACGAUAAGGUUGAUGUUCUCAUUGAUAAGGAGGUUUAUUAUGUUGGAACGGAAAGCAAGAGAGAAUCAGAAAUCUUAGAACAAAUAAUCAUCGAGCAUCAAUUCUUACCGAGUUCAUCAGUUAAGCAAGCAGGUUAAAUUGCAAAUGAUGAUAUUAUAAAAAAAAAAACUUAGCUUUAAAUUAUAUUUACACAACAUUAUUCACUUUACUAUACAUACAUUGAAUAUUUGUCAUGUUUUUUUUUGUGUUUGUUUUUUUGUUAACUUUAAAAUCCCAUAAUUUUUGAGCUUUUUGCCAAAGUUCUUCCAAGAUAAUGCAAAAGAUUUUAAUGAAUAAUAUGAAGCAAAAUACAUUAUUCUCUAUGAUUCAAGCUUGUAGGCUACACAGUAAAUAAAAUUUUAAACAAAAAAACAUUAUUUGUGUGUCAUUUACUCUUCCUUACAGCUUUAUACUCAACUAA